AAUGUGUUUUAAUAAAUAUGCAAAUAUGUACCUUCCUUUAAUUUAAUCUUUAUCGUUUGUUUUAUUGAUAAUUAUUAAUAUAAUGCACCUUAUCAAUAAGGGGGCUUUCUGUGGUCUCUGGCAUGCAGCUCUCCAGACUGGGCCAGUGAUGGCCAGAGCUCCGCUGGCGGGCAGCAGGUCCUUUCCUACCGGCGCAUCUGCAUGUGAAAUCGCCAUUUCACCCCGCCACACUCCCUAAUUGUUGUAAAAAUUAUUUGUGAAAUUGCUUUCCACCAGGAGUGUUCGCCACGGCAAUUUCCACACAAUCUUAGCGCGCGGCGGUCCCACAGAGCUGAACACGCGCACAACAGCCAUUCAACUUAAAGAAUUUGGAGGAUUUUUAUGUGCGGCAAUAAAACCCACAGAAACCUCACAGUAACAGAAAGUGAAGCUACCUGAACUCUUUAAAAUAAACGAUCCAAAUUAACCCAAAAGGUUUUACAGAUGAUAGGACAAUCUUUUUAAAUUAUUUUAUUAGAAAAGGUUCUUGAUAGGAUUCUUUGUUCAGGUUAUGAAUAACCAUUUAAAACAUUUUAAGAAUGUAAAUGUUACACCAGAUUUUACUCUGUGGCUGAACGUAUAUCAGAUGAAUGAUUAUUAUUAACAAUAUAAAGAAAACUUUGCAUUUUUAGUCUAUCACUUCUAUUGAUGGAACUGAUAAAUUAUUUCAAACUCUUCAGCCCAAAUCUCUGUGUAAUUAUUUUUUAUUAUCAGGUCAUCAUACAGAAGCCACCGACGUCCUACAAAUCCCUCAGACCUUAAUGUUCAUGACUCUGUGCUGAAAUAUUUGUGCUGGUCUUGGGCUUUACCCCUUCUCUCCACGAUGAAUAAAAGACUGCUGAAGAGCCUAUCGUCACCCUCGCUUUCUCCUCCCAGUAUGUGCGCCAAAGUUGGCCACUUCAACAACUCCCAGACAGCAAGCAGAUGCUGUAAUCACAACUAGCAUCACAAUAUUUACUUACAAUUGCUUUAUAGAUUCAUACUGUGCAUUGCUCAUCCUACUCUUGUUUUCACACAAAGUGCUGUUGAGCGACAAAAUCUGACUUUUUUUCAAUAGACACUGUGUCCACUGGAGUGUUUGGAUUUGUUCCUUUUUUAUUGCAUGUUUUAAAAGAUUGGACAGUUAACAGUUUACACAGCCUGAAAAGCACUGGACGUCUCCGUGUGACUGAUUUCCUUCAUUUAAUAGCCAGAGUUUGAAUUGAUUUUGGAGUAGUUGGCAUGGCUACUUUACCAGGUACAGUUCCUCGAAUGAUGCGCCCGGCACCAGGCCAGAACUACCCAAGAACCGGAUUCCCAUUAGAAGUGUCCACGCCUCUGGGUCAAGGUCGAGUGAAUCAGCUCGGUGGAGUUUUCAUUAACGGAAGGCCGCUGCCAAAUCAUAUUCGACACAAAAUUGUGGAAAUGGCCCAUCACGGCAUCCGACCGUGCGUGAUCUCAAGACAACUGCGAGUUUCACACGGCUGCGUGUCCAAAAUCCUCUGUCGGUACCAGGAGACCGGAUCCAUUCGUCCUGGAGCUAUAGGUGGUAGUAAACCCAGGCAAGUUGCAACACCUGACGUUGAAAAAAGGAUUGAGGAGUACAAACGCGAAAAUCCAGGGAUGUUCAGCUGGGAAAUCCGGGACAAAUUGCUAAAAGACGGUGUGUGUGAUAGAGGCACGGUUCCUUCAGGUGAGGCCUCCUCCGUUAGUUCCAUUAGUCGGGUUUUGAGAGCUCGUUUUGGCAAGAGAGACGACGAUGAUGACUGUGAUAAAAAAGAUGAAGAUGGAGAGAAGAAAACCAAGCACAGCAUCGAUGGGAUUCUCGGGGAUAAAGGUAACCGCACGGACGAAGCUUCGGAUGUGGAGUCGGAGCCGGACCUGCCCCUGAAGAGAAAGCAGAGACGCAGUCGUACCACCUUCACGGCCGAGCAGUUGGAGGAGCUGGAGAAAGCCUUCGAGAGGACACACUACCCCGACAUCUACACCAGAGAAGAGCUGGCACAGAGGACCAAACUUACUGAAGCUCGCGUGCAGGUCUGGUUUAGCAAUCGAAGAGCUAGGUGGCGUAAACAAGCAGGGGCCAAUCAGCUUGCAGCUUUCAACCACUUGUUACCCGGAGGGUUUCCACCGACCGGAAUGCCAACCUUAUCGACCUAUCAGCUUCCAGAAUCGACAUAUCCCAGCGCCGCUCUCUCACAAGAUGUAAGCAGUACGUUACACCGGCCACAGCCUCUGCCCCCGUCCUCCAUGCACCAGGGCGGGCUCUCUGCCGACAGUAGCUCCGCCUAUGGCCUGUCGUCCAAUCGCCACACCUUCUCCAGCUAUUCAGAAACUUUUAUGAGCCCAUCAGCUUCAAGCAACCACAUGAACCCUGUGAGCAAUGGCCUUUCACCACAGGUGAUGAGUAUUUUGAGUAACCCCAGUGCGGUGUCCUCUCAGUCCCAGCAUGAUUUCUCCAUCUCUCCGCUUCAUGGCGGUUUGGAGGCAUCAAACUCCAUCUCAGCAAGCUGCAGUCAGCGAUCAGAUUCGAUCAAGGGUGUGGACAGUCUGGCAUCGUCCCAGUCCUACUGCCCACCCACAUACAGCGCUACCGGUUACAGUGUAGACCCAGUCACCGCUGGUUACCAGUACAGCCAGUAUGGUCAGACCGCUGUCGACUAUCUGGCCAAGAACGUCAGUCUGUCGACCCAGAGGAGGAUGAAGUUGAGUGAUCAUUCAGCAGUGCUGGGACUUCUCCAGGUGGAGACAGGACAGGCCUAUUGAGUUCAUCCGACCCUUCUGCAUCUGAUCUGACCGCUAAAAACUCACAAACGCACUGCUCUCAGACGCACACAUCUCCGUAACCAUGCCUGUGUUUCGGAGAGGUUUUCUUCAUGAUUCCUGAGAAAGAAACUGUUGUCAUUCCAGUUGAUGUGACUGACUGUCAUCUCAUAAAUCUGAGCAGGUGAACUGAUAAGAGAGCCAUGCAGCUGAACAGACGCCGUGCAUACAGUAGUUGUGUAUGAAUCUCAGUCUCAUUUGCGCUUGUUUUCUAUUGAUAUUGUUAUUACGAUUGCCCUUACAGUUGUUAUUAUGAUUCUUGUAAGUAGUGUUUUGUUUCGUUGUUUCAGAAUUCACACUUUAGCAUUUAUUCUCAUUUGAACUUGAAGUCUUUAUGUGAAAGGCAAGCAGUGGGUUCAGACAGCGGUGUGUUGGAGUCUUACUGCUGGUUUUUCACUUUCCGGGCCCUGCUGCCCUCCUCACCCCUAAAGCCAUAAUGUUCCUGAAUGAUUUGACCUUCCAUGCCUUCAUAACUUCACUUGACACAUUCCAUACGCACAUGGCCACUCUGUGGGAAGUCUGGCUUUGGGCAUUCUGCUGGGAAUAAAUGGUGCUUUUAAAGGAUAAAUUGUUUUUUCCUCUCGAAAUGCAUAAUCUUGGUGGAAGAAAACAGCAUUUUUUUGGAAAACAGGAUUUGGAAGAUGGGGAUUUUUCUUUUUACCGAGGACCCCAAUAGAUAGUCUCAAACACGCACGCUAUGCUUUUGGAAUAAAAACAACAAAUGUUAGCUAUUUAUCAUUAAUUAUACAGGUUUGGUGGUAUUAAAUGGGCACAGUAAUUAAAAUGCACAAGUGGUUUUUAGUAGGGAUGCACCAAUUUAUCUGCCAAUAAUUGGUAUCGGUUGAUAAAAGCUAAUUUUCACACUAUCGGCUAUCGUCCGAUAGUUUAAAAACAGCCGAUAGUCAUGGCCGAUAUAUCAUGUCAAUCAAAAGAGAACAGGAAAAUGCUAUGAAUUUGAGCUCUAAGUAUUGAAAAUGUAAAGAAACAUCACUAGUUAAAUGUUCAAUAAUAAUGGUCAUUAUGUGAAUGAAUAACAUAUUAAAAAAAUAAUCUUCAGAAUUUAGUUAUGCAAGUUAUUAAUGCAAAUAUCGGUAUCGGCAGAUAUCGGCUAUUGGUAUAAGUGGAAAAAUUUAAUAUAGGUGCAUAGUUGUUAGUAGGGAUGCACCGAUGCAACAUUUCUGUGCCGAUAUCAAUAUUUGAUUACUUAGAAUGAGAUCUACCGAUACCGAUAGUUUUGAUUUUUACACCUAGAUUUGAUCCUAGAUUGCCAGGAUAUAAUCUGCCCUGAUCAUUGACUGUUUUUAAACAAUCGGCCGAUGUUUGAAAGUGGGAAAAAAUGCUUUAAUUUGCCGAUUAUAGACCGAUAUAUCGGUGCAUUCCUAGUUUUUAGACCAAGUACACUUUUUGACAACAUUCCUUUAGUUUCUACCCAGAUUCUAAAACUUUAAACUGUGAAAAUCCUAGCAGGCAAAGUGGUCAAACUUUUUCUUUCUUUUUUGCCUGCUUAUCCAUUCAUGCAUUUUCUGAUUUUUUUCUCCAGAAAUGACACAAAACCAACAUCAGGUCUCUUGUAAUUUAAGAUCUCAUGCAUUCGCAAGUACAAACAACAAAAACUAGUGAUUUUUUUGACAUUUGUGUAGCACUCACAGGUUUGACACAUAAAUGGAAUUGUACAGUAGAUGACGAAGAUUGUUUAUUGUUUGUUUAUAAAGAAUAUGUUUUAUACUAAAACAAAAAGGUGUUGUGUGGUAGUUGAAGCAGGGCAUACGUGUAAGUCUUUUAUUGUAAUUUUGUGUUUAUAUUUACAUUUCUUUGCUUUUUAAUAGUUAUGUAUCAUUUAUUUCUUAGAAUUCAAAGUGUAUAUGAGGAGCUCUUGAUUAAAAACAAUAUUAAAUUUCACAUUUAGGGUUGUAAGGAAGUUGAAUCGUAUUGUUUAUUAUUCUGGCACUUAUUCUGUGAAACCACAAUGAAGAAACUGAUCACUAAUGCUUAAUAUUGACAUUCAAACCAUUUGGAAGCAAAGACUUUGUGGUGAAAGUCAAUAUAACAGACUGUGGAAACACAGAGCAGUGUUUGGUGCUAACUGACUGCGUCCCACUCAAAUGGACUCAACGCGUCUUCAAGCGACCGUUUUAUUGGAUGUCUAUAUGACGAAUAGAACUCUUAAAGGAUCCGCAUGACCCAAACCCCGCCCACUUUCCCUUUCGACUGUCUAUAAAACCAUCACAAAUGAGCAAUGAAAUUCAAUUACUUCCAGAAAUAGGACCUUCCACAGCUAACGCCUUUGUUCAUAAACAUUUGGACUACAAAUAAUAUUACCCAUCACGCCUCCCUGUGAUGUCAAACUGGACAUCUGCUUUCUUUAGCAUUUGUGUUUCGGCUUUUCUCCAUCUUCUUUCAGCAUGUGUGUAUGUUACCAUGGUAUAAUUUAUUCUGCUGUAUGAAGUAGUAGCUUUAGUGAAAACCUUGUAUUUGGUAUUUACUACCUUCAGACUGUUGGUGUCUUUACUGUAACACUGGCAUAAAUGUUGUCAAUUAAAGAUCUAAAAUUCACACGUG